GAAGGAGAAUUACAAGCAACAGAAAUAUAAAAAUAACACAUUUUUGAGGUUUUCACCCUUUAACAUAAAAGCAACAUUUAUUUUAUCACACUUGUAUCGUUGUUUUUCUUCAUUACCUCAAACGCUCACAUUUUAAAUGUGAAUCCAGCAGUUGCAGAGUUAACUUUCCAAAUUACAUCACUGCUUUCCCAUUCUGUCCGUCCACCCCUCCUUCUACACUCUUUCGCCCUCCCCCUUGUCAUUGUCUAUGAAAGGAGUGUCUUUCUUUCGCCGGUCCAUUCAGCCACUGGGCACUGGGAGUGUGGUCCAGACCUCACCCUCCAGCCAUCCAUUAUAAUCCCUUUUCAGCCACAGAGACCAGUGCGAAGACCCACAGCCUCUCUGUGCACAAGUCUAGUGUUCCAUACAUAACAAUUUACACCACGAUGGAGCUUUUGGGUGUCAGACAGCCCAUCACUCUAUUUCAAGAGGAAAAGUAUCAGAUGCUGGAGCUAAACCAGCGUCUGGAGUCAUACCUGGGCCGCGUGAAGCUCCUGGAGGAGGAGAACAAGCUACUGCGAGAAGAGAUCCACACACUCAAGAAGAACAGAGACCCACCAGGCCAACGCAAAGCUCAGGAGGAGGUGCUCAACCAAACCAGGAAAAUAAAGAAAAAAGCAUGGAGAGAGAAAGAUCAUGUGGAGAUGGUGGUGGAGAACCUGAUAGAAGAUAUCGAGAUGGUGAACGUUCAGAGGCAGAAAGAGAAAACGGCGCAGGCUGAGGCGCAGAGAAGACUCGCAGACAGCCGCAAGGAGCUCGAGGAGGAGCGCCGAGCUCAGAUUUGGCUCCGGGAGAAGGUCGCCCAACUGGAGAAAGACCUCAUGCUACAGAUGCAAGUCCACCAGGAGAACACGCAAACUUUGCAGGCCUCUCUGAAACAGACAAAGCAAGUCCUGAUGGCUCCUCAGACCAUUCAAACUAAGAGUAUUCCAGACAUAGGACAGGAGUAUAGCCACAGAGCAGCUCAGGUCUGGAAGGAGGCAACCAGCAACUAUCAGAGACAGGUUGGAUGUCUGGAGGAAAGCUUGAAUCAGGCCAAGAGCAACAUGGCAAAGAUUGAUCAGGAGAAAAGAGAAAACCAGUAUCAGCUUCAAUACGUGGCUAAGGAGCUGGAGAGCACGACGAUGAAGAGAGAGAUGCUGGAGAAGCACAUGGUGCAACAGAGGGAGGAACAUAGACAGGACCUUCAACAUUUUCAGGCAAAAGUAGACGCUCUGGAGGUGGAGAAGGACAGUCUGGGACAAGAGAUAGACAGUCUGAUGAUGGACAGACAGAACCUGCUGCAGGUGAAGAUGUCUCUUGGACUGGAAGUGGCCACGUACAGAGCCCUGCUGGACAGUGAGGGCAUGAGAAGCAACAGACCAGCAACAAACAAGACUAAUUCUACUGUUCUUUUAGAUCCACUCUCAAAGUCCACCGGGACCCACCCAGCUUCAAAGACCACUGCUGCUUCCAGCCAUUUCAGCAGUAUUGUGUCUACAAGUCACAGAUCAAUCACCUCAUCGCGCAAUCUGCUGACCAAUGCAGCUCCGACAUGGCCCCCGGCUCGAGGGACUCCACAAAAACCACCAUCCAGAAUGCCAAUAACAGACAAGAAAGACAAAGCUGCAGAACAUCAUUCGCGGUCAGAGAAUGACCUUCAAGACAAUGCCCUCACAGCAACUCCUUCCCAAACAGUGCCAGACAGUGUCACAGCAAAACCAGCACCCAAACCAGAAGAUAUUGAGGUUCAGAAAGAGAGCGAGUCAGAACACCCUCAGAUUCAGAUGGCUCAAAUGAUUGAAUCUAGAACCAGUGAAUCUGUAUUGAUGAGCGUCCAACCAAGCUGCCUCUCCCAGACUCCUGAAAGAGAGAGCUGGUCUGGUCCAUUCACAGAACCUGCUGGGGUUUCAGAAGAAGGUAAAGAUGAAGAAACCGAUGUGUCUGUGGAGAUGGCUCGGAUCUCGCACGCACCCACGGUGGCCUGGGAAGAAAAUAAAACGCUAACAGAGGAUGAAAAAGAGGAUGCCUCUGAGAUGGAUGUCAAAUCAGAGAUUAUUAGUGAAAGUCACGUUAUUGGGUCUGGAGUUGCAGAAAGUGAUCAUAUAAAUCAAGUCAGCGAAAACACAAAUAUGCUGGCUUCUUCAGUGCAAGAGAAUGGAUCAUUAUACUCGGGGGAUGAAGAUCUAAUGAGGGUAGAUGAACAGGACAAUGUGAGCAAUAUUAGUGAGGACAUCACAGAGCUGAUGAACAGUGAAACAGAAGCAGCAAUGGAUUUGAUUAUAGAGCGGGACAGAGAAGAAGACAAAGAGGAACAGAAUGAGAUGAAAGUGAUGAGCACUGAUGCUGAGAAACAAAAUGAGAUGAAAGUGAUGAUCCCAGAUGCUGAGGUUGAGGAGCAAAAUGAGAUGAAAGUGAUGAUCCCUGAUGCUGAGAUUGAGGAACAAAAAGAGAUGAAUGUGAUGUGCACUGACGCUGAUGCUGAGGAACAAGAUGAGAUGAAAGUGAUGAGCACUGACGCUGAUGCUGAGGAACAAAAUGAGAUGAAAGUGAUGAGCACUGACGCUGAUGCUGAGGAACAAAAUGAGAUGAAAGUGAUGAGCACUGACGCUGAUGCUGAGGAACAAAAUGAGAUGAAAGUGAUGAUCCCAGAUGCUGAUGCUGAGGAACACAAUGAGAUGAAUGUGAUGAGCACUGACGCUGAGGUUGAGGAACAAAAUGAGAUGAAAGUGAUGAGCACUGACGCUGAUGCUGAGGAACAAAAUGAGAUGAAAGUGAUGAGCACUGACGCUGAUGCUGAGGAACAAAAUGAGAUGAAAGUGAUGAGCACUGACGCUGAUGCUGAGGAACAAAAUGAGAUGAAAGUGAUGAGCACUGACGCUGAUGCUGAGGAACAAAAUGAGAUGAAAGUGAUGAGCACUGACGCUGAUGCUGAGGAACAAAAUGAGAUGAAAGUGAUGAGCACUGACGCUGAUGCUGAGGAACAAAAUGAGAUGAAAGUGAUGAGCACUGACGCUGAUGCUGAGGAACAAAAUGAGAUGAAAGUGAUGAGCACUGACGCUGAUGCUGAGGAACAAAAUGAGAUGAAAGUGAUGAGCACUGACGCUGAUGCUGAGGAACAAAAUGAGAUGAAAGUGAUGAGCACUGACGCUGAUGCUGAGGAACAAAAUGAGAUGAAAGUGAUGAGCACUGACGCUGAUGCUGAGGAACAAAAUGAGAUGAAAGUGAUGAGCACUGACGCUGAUGCUGAGGAACAAAAUGAGAUGAAAGUGAUGAGCACUGACGCUGAUGCUGAGGAACAAAAUGAGAUGAAAGUGAUGAGCACUGACGCUGAUGCUGAGGAACAAAAUGAGAUGAAAGUGAUGAGCACUGACGCUGAUGCUGAGGAACAAAAUGAGAUGAAAGUGAUGAGCACUGACGCUGAUGCUGAGGAACAAAAUGAGAUGAAAGUGAUGAGCACUGACGCUGAUGCUGAGGAACAAAAUGAGAUGAAAGUGAUGAGCACUGACGCUGAUGCUGAGGAACAAAAUGAGAUGAAAGUGAUGAGCACUGACGCUGAUGCUGAGGAACAAAAUGAGAUGAAAGUGAUGAGCACUGACGCUGAUGCUGAGGAACAAAAUGAGAUGAAAGUGAUGAGCACUGACGCUGAUGCUGAGGAACAAAAUGAGAUGAAAGUGAUGAGCAUUGACGCUGAGGUUGAGGAACAAAAUGAGAUGAAAGUGAUGAGCAUUGACGCUGAGGUUGAGGAACAAAAUGAGAUGAAUGUGAUGAGCACUGACGCUGAGAAACAGGGUGAAAUAGGGUUUGACAACGGCAUACAAGAAAAGAAUGAAACAGAGGAUGAGAGCGUGAGUGAAACAAAAAACGAAGAGAUAGAAGUGAUCAAAAAAGACAUUGAUGAAAGUCUUCUUCAAACAGAAAGACAAACCAUUCACUCCCCCAUUGACCUUCAUCAUGAGGUGAGUUCAGAAGAACUUGUACCACCAACUGAAACCUUUUAUCACACCUCAAAUGAAGAUCAUCCUUUCCCUGAAGAAGGUGCAAGAGAAGACGACCAAGAUGAUGAAGAUGACUCCCCAAACAUAUCCGCCUCAUGCAGAACUGAUCCCGGAGAGUGUGACAGUUACAGUCAAGAGAACACAAUAGCAGACACCCGCCCCUUGAUUCGCUAUAAAAGCGAUGAGGAAACAGACAUGAACCCACAAGUGUCACAGUUUGGUGUCGGUGAGAUCAGUGACGGUGAGGAUGAGAAGGAAAGAAUGGACGGAGGUCGGUGGGGUCAGAGCGCCUCUAAACGCUUCAACACCAUGGAGGAUCUGUCUGAAGAACCCGACAUAGAUGUCAUUGGAGAGAUGAUAGCAGAAGAGAUCGUUCAGAAAGAAGAAGAACUGGAUGAUGAAAGAGAGCAGAUAAUUCUUCAGAGUGAACAUGGAGACCAUGAAGAUACGGUGGUGGAGAGAGAAAGUGUGAAAGCAAAUGAUGACAUCAGAGAUGAGGUGCAUUUUCUCAAUGUUUAUGAGGAAAAGGAGAAUCCACAACUUUCUCACACCGAGCAUGAGGAAAUUGUUGAGAAUUCAGAAAGUGCCAUCUUAAAAUGUGUUAAUCCAUCCUCAUUCGCAGAUGCACCAAUGCCUGAUACAUCGCAAGAAGUACAGUUUCAGAAUUCUCAUGAAGUUUCAUCAGCCGUCUUCCAAAACAGCAAUACAAUCGAAGAGCAAACCUUUCAAGAAGAGGUCCAGAACAUUUCCAUGCUCACCAACGUGGAUUUCAUGGACAUUCCGUCUAUGGAGAGUGAGAUAAAUAGUCAGCCAGACAGCCAGAUGCCCAACUCUGACCAUGAGGAGUGCAAUAGUUCAGAGGAUGAGUCUCCAAACGCCAGUCAGUACUUCCAGAAUUCAACCUAUUCAGCAAGUGCCAAUGAACAGUUCAGAAAUGGUGGAGUCUCCAAAGCUGAGUCUGAAGAACUACUCAAUAAAGACUUUACGGAGAAGAGCACUGAAGACCAGAAAGAUUCCUCUGAGCAUGUGAACUUGGAUAGUCCAAACCGAAUGCCAGGUGUGACCGAAAACAUCUUUGGAGAUUUUGAUGCCCAUCUUAAAAAUACAAUGGAGAGCUUUUCCACAAAAGAAUACAGUAAAGAGGAGGUAUUCCUGUCUACAGAAAAGAAAAGUGAGAUUCACCGUUUUUUUAGCGCUAGCUUGAAGGAAGAUUUAUGGAGUGCAGGAAAAAUGGAGAUGGCAGCUACGUAUGACCCAGCCAUGACUGAACACUCGCAUGACCCUAUUCACUUAAACCAGGAUGUGGCCUUUGGAGAGGAGUGGGGAGACGUGGGGGUCAUGCAAACAGCUAAUGAAAACCUUAAAGAAGAGAGAACGAUCCAGUCACAGGAUGAGAAGCUAAACGAUAAAAAAUUAGAAUCAAGGCAAGCAGAGAUGAUCCUGUCGGAUGAGUCCGUGGAUGAUGGAGAUUCCUGGUCCUCUGGUGAUGAGUAACAAUUGUUUGCUCUGUCCAACAACUAUUUAAGACUGAACCUAAAAUCCAAAAGUAAUGUUAAAUAAAAAGACAGAAAGCCAUAUAUUAUUGAGCCACAAUAGAAGUGUGUGGUUAAAAAACGCAGCCAAGUUAAACACAAGUGAACCAAAACACGAUUACAUAAUGAAAUGAAGACAAGAGGAAGAGUGUGGUCAUUGUGUGAUGUCGUUUCUUUUCACUUUUUAACAAACAGUUGUGCCAAUAGUGCUUUAUUAUGAAGAUUCACUUGUUUGUUGUUUUUUAUGAGAUAAUAAGACAAGCUUCCUGUUGAUCUUCAUCUAUCAAUUUAAAAAAAAUAAAAAACGAACAAAAUAAUUGUGUAUGUGCAUUGAUG